AUGCGUCUUCCUGGGUUAACUUUUGCCGUCUUCAUUGCACUAGCUUGUGCGAUCGUUAUCACGCCAACUAACGACGCAAAUGCUCUGAUCAACGCAGCGGUCAUAGACAGUCGACUGGUGACUGCGACCAACAACGGUCAAAUCAUUUCCUAUUACCAACCUCCAGGCAUAGACGCCGGCGGUACUUUUACCGACGGAGGGUCGCUGCUCGGCUUGUCGUCGGGUGUGAUUUUAACGACUGGAAAGGCUUCUCAGGCGACCAGUGGAAAUACGCCGAGCUUCCAGUGGGCAGCCAAAACUGGAACCGAAACUCACUGUCCUGGCGGCACUGCUUACGAGUUUACAUACUUCUUGUUCCUCUUGAGCAUCCCGCAGGGACUGACCGGCGUCCGAGUCAACUACAGAUUUGCAACACAGGAGCCGUCUAACGUAGUGGCAACCGGAAAUUCCCAGUCAGCCUUGCUGGUCCCGACAGACCCGUUGUUAGGUCUUUCGUAUCAGCGGCAUAUCCUCUCGGACCCCGACGAGCACAUCCUCUGUAACCUCGACGAGCACUUCCUCUGGGACUUCAACGAGCACAUCCUCCAUAACCUCAAUAAGCACAUUCUCCUCAGCCUCAACAAGCACGUCCUCUUCAACUUCAACGAGCAUAUCAUCUUCAACCUCAACAAGCAUAUUCUCUUCAACCUCAACAAAGAUUUCAACCAGCAUAUCAUUAUCCUCAAGCGUUACGGCCUUUUUGUCUUUAAGCAGUGGCUCUGCAUCUUCCAGCAGCACACUAUCUUCAUCGUCGUCAACUUCGGGCAUUGCGUCCUCACCAUCUUCAGCAUUGUCAUCUUCGGACAGAAUUUUCUCCUCGUUCAGUUCAGCAAUGCCAACUUUCUUGUCGUCAGAAGCGUCUUUCUCGGUUGGUACGACUUUACGAUUUACGAACUCCUCGAGCCCAGUCUUGGUGCCUUCAGCACUUUCUUCCGUACUGCCAAGUGCGAUUCAAACGGCCGACAUCACUACAGUCGUUACACCUUCUACGCUGGCUUCCGUACUGUCCAGCGCCACAAGCUCCUCAGUCAAUAUUCCGCCCAACUCUCCGAUUCGAUCUUCUCUCGCGACACCAUCCUCUGUCGCAAAUACGGUCUCGACCUCUUCAUUUCUUCCAACAUUGACGGCUGCUCCCACUCCAACCAUCUCCUUCUCCACAUCUCCCGGGGUCUUAACUUCCACUAG